AUGAGCACAGUAUCCGAUGUUUCUAGUAAGCUGGGUGAGUACAUGCUCAAAGGCUGGGUUUUGACCGACAAAUCAUGUCCUACGCCCGGAUGCCGUGUCCCUUUGAUGCGCUCACCCAAUGGACAAAACCCAGUCACUUGGUUCUGUGCGAACUGCGAAGGGACACACCAAUCUACUCAGUCUACAGCUUCGACCACCGAUUCUGUCAGACAUGGACAGUCAUCGCCUAGCAUCUUAUCCAGCACCCAUUAUUCACGCCCCUCGACUCCCCCAACUGAAGUGUCCAGCACUUUGAGCUCACCCACGUUUGCUCUUCCUGCCGAAACUGCGGAGAUCAUUCAUCGACGGCAACAAUCUGACCUUGCUUCGGCCGAAAUCGGAAAACGUCUGCUGAAGGGAUGGGCCAUGUUAGCAGAUGAAUGUCCAACGACUACCUGUUAUGGGAUACCGUUGGUUCGGCCGCCGAAAGUUGGUGGAGAGAAGGAUCCAAGGAAGGAAUGCGUUGUGUGUGGGAAUAUAUAUGUAGACGAGAAGGACUCUCAAGGUUUUGAUAGACUCAUACCAAUUGAGCUUGGCACUCGUCAGCAGUCACUACGUCCCGGGUUCGGUACAGACCCUUUGAGGAGCUCCUCGCAAGAUAAAGGUAAAUCUGUUGCUCGUGAUGAAACGCCAGUGCCUCAACAUAUGUCAUCGCUCACGCAAACUGUCCUUGAUGCAUCUGUUCAAUCCUUAGAGUCCAGCCUAAUGGCGCUAUCACAGCGAUUAUCGUCGCUCGCAGAUCAAACGAUCAUCGACCCGUCAUCAAUUGCUCAGACAGCUGACGCCAUGAGCAAGAUCGCACAGGCGCUGUCUUCGCUCAAACAACUGCAAUGA